AGCCGCCCUCCGCCGCAGUUGCACGCGACCGCGAGUGCACCAGUGCCCCCUCUAAUCAGAUCCGACCUUCAAUCCGAAAGAACGAGACAACUAUAUACAGGUGGCGAAGCGAAGCAUGUGAAGUGGUGCACCUGCACGUUGCCCAUGCACUUCGAGCUACGGUCAUGGCUUCCCAUAGAUAGUGCCAGGUGGUGAGUGUGGGAGCGCGUGUAGCGGCGGCAUGCGCGUGCUGGUAGUGGCGCUCGCAGCGCUGCUGGCGCGCUCGCUGGCCAGCCCCCACGAGCACCGAGCGCGGCACCACGCUCCCGACCAUGCGCCGCACUUCCCCGCCCCCGCGCCGCCCCAGCCCUACCGCGGCCACGGCGAGGCCGUGCGAUACAACCCCGAGCUAGACACCAUCCUCCCGCGCCAGGACGACCACGAGACCUCGUCCAAGCGCGCAAAAUACGAAGACGCCGAAUCCUCCUCCAAACGAGCCAGCGAAGAACGCUUCUACUCCAACCAUGAAAGGAUCGAAGAGCUCAUGGCAGACGAACCCCAACUCGGUCCUGAAACCGACGACCCCCUAAUAGUGCGAACGAGAAAAGGACGCGUCAGAGGCAUCACUCUCACAGCGGCCACAGGAAAACAAGUCGAUGCAUGGUUUGGCAUUCCCUACGCUCAGAAACCCCUCGGAGAUCUCAGAUUUAGGCACCCGCGGCCUGUAGAGAAUUGGGGUGAUGAGAUCCUCAAUACCACCACCCUGCCACACUCGUGCGUCCAAAUUAUUGAUACUGUGUUCGGAGACUUUCCUGGCGCAAUGAUGUGGAACCCCAAUACUGAUAUGCAGGAAGAUUGCUUAUAUAUAAAUAUCGUAACACCAAAACCACGUCCUAAAAAUGCAGCUGUUAUGCUGUGGGUUUUCGGUGGAGGUUUUUAUUCUGGAACUGCCACUUUGGAUGUGUAUGAUCCAAAAAUUCUUGUAUCCGAGGAAGAUAUUGUAUAUGUUUCGAUGCAGUAUAGAGUAGCGUCACUGGGCUUCUUGUUUUUCGAUACCGCUGAUGUUCCUGGGAAUGCUGGAUUGUUUGACCAACUUAUGGCACUACACUGGGUUAGGGACAAUAUUGGUUACUUCGGUGGAAAUCCUCAUAACAUAACUCUGUUUGGUGAAUCUGCUGGUGCUGUAUCAGUUUCUUUACAUUUGUUAUCACCACUUUCUAGAAACCUCUUUUCUCAGGCUAUAAUGCAAUCUGGAGCAGCUACAGCCCCAUGGGCUAUUAUUUCGAGAGAAGAGAGUAUUUUGCGUGGUAUGCGUUUAGCAGAAGCAGUUCACUGUCCGAGCUCUAGAUCAGAUUUGGGACCUAUGAUCGAUUGCUUAAGAAAAAAGAGCGCCGACGAAUUGGUGAAUAAUGAGUGGGGAACUCUUGGUAUAUGUGAAUUUCCAUUUGUACCGAUUAUAGAUGGCUCAUUUUUGGAUGAAAUGCCUAGAAAAUCCUUAGUACAUCAGAACUUCAAAAAGACAAACAUUCUUAUGGGUUCAAAUACAGAGGAAGGUUAUUAUUUCAUUCUUUACUAUCUCACUGAAUUAUUCCCGAAAGAAGAAAAUGUCGGAAUAUCUCGAGAGCAGUUCCUUCAGGCUGUAAGAGAGUUAAAUCCUUACGUCAAUGAUGUAGCUAGGCAAGCUAUCGUGUUUGAGUAUUCCGAUUGGCUCAAUACAGAGGACCCUAUAAAGAAUAGAAACGCUUUAGACAAGAUGGUUGGCGAUUACCACUUUACAUGUGGUGUCAAUGAAUUUGCACACCGCUACGCUGAAACUGGGAAUAAUGUUUAUACAUAUUAUUAUAAACAUCGCAGUAAGAAUAACCCUUGGCCGUCUUGGACCGGAGUGAUGCAUGCAGACGAAAUAAACUACGUAUUUGGAGAACCCCUUAAUCCUGGAAAGAACUACUCUCCUGAGGAAGUGGAAUUUAGCAAACGUUUAAUGAGAUAUUGGGCUAACUUCGCAAAAUCAGGGAACCCUUCCAUGAACGGUAACGGUGAAAUGACGAAAGUCCACUGGCCGGUCCACACAGCGUUUGGUCGUGAAUAUCUCUCACUCGCUGUAAACUCCAGUGCUGUUGGACACGGGCUGCGCGUCAAACAAUGCGCUUUCUGGCAGAAGUAUCUGCCUCAACUCAUGAUGGCAACUAGUAAGCCAGAGUCUCCAAAGAAUUGUACCAACUCAGCGUUAUCAUUUCGACCGUCUUAUAUAGCGGUCAGCUUGGGACUUAUUUCUCUAGUAUCAGCGAGGCCUGCCUCAUUUAAAUUAAAAUGAAUGAUUUAUUUAGGUAUAAUGAUGACUAUUCGGCUUUUUGAUGUUUGUUUCUUUCGCUUUUUAACACUUCACUGAUGUUAAGAUAUGUAGUAACGGUGGAGAGUUAAUUGUACGGCCCACUGUAGUACUACGUAAAUGUUGAUAUUUUAUUAGUAUAUAGUGAAAAGAUAUUCCAAAAGCCAUUUUGUUUUAUUUUUAAAUUUUUGAGUAAAAGUUAAAAUUAUAUUGUGUCGAAUAAGUAAGAGGAUAGGAAUGAAUUUGUCUUAGAUACGUAUGUAGUUAGUGAUAUUUUCAAGGUUCAUGAUGUUAACAGUGGGCCUAGCGUUUACGCAUUUUGUCCAAUGAAUCAGUGGAAUAUUUUAAAAAUUAUUUUUAUAUGUAUAGUAUUAAAAAAUAAUUAUGUAUACUUUAAUUGUAAGCCACCUUAAGUGUUAUAUUGCUCUGUAAGUCCAUUAAAUAUUUAUCAAGCUUCGGUUAAGUUUCAUAAUUGAUUGUAAGGAAGGUAAUAUUGUUCAUGAAGUUAAUGUUAUAUCUAUUUUAAACGGGAGUGAUGCCUCCAUCGACAUAUCACUUGUUAAUAACAAAUUAUAGGAGUACGUAGUGGUUAUUCGUCUUAGGUGAUAAGACUUUACAUAUCUUACAAGAAUAGGUUUAAAUGGUAAAUGAUGAAAUGAAAAAUUGAGAAAAAAUAAAUUCGUGAAUGUAAUACAUGAAAGAGGAAACGCUAAUGAAGAUACAAUUAGAAUGGACUAACGGUUUAAGUAAAUGAGAUACAAAAAAAUCUUAGCUUUAAAGCGCCUCUAUUGCAAUACAUAUCACGCAAGGCAUAGAAAUGUUUAAGUUCAUUCUAGCCUUAGUGUAAGUUAAGAAUAAGCUAGGUCACUUCACAACUCUGUAGCGGACCAAUAUUAGAAAGUUGUACAUGAUUUAAUGGUACGAUUCGAAAACCAAUCCUGGAAAGCGGAAGCAAUGAUUUAACAAAUCAACACGAUGACAUAAUCUUUCGCAAACGAUAAUUUAGAUUGGUUGGAAAGUUUUUAGAAUGUUAAUGAUCGUGUUUUAAGCUAAAAGGAAAAAAUAAGAUAAUGUAAGAAAGGAAUGGAAAAAUCACAAACAUUUCAUUCAAGAAUGAUAGAAAAUGUAACAGUAAACAAUAUUCACAUGAUAACGCUAUUAAAAUAGAUACCGUGUUUAAUCUUUGAAACACAAACGACGAUUUUCUCUAUUUUCCUGAUAAAAAAGUGAUUUCUGAUUGGAAAAUGACGUCAGUGUAACAAUGAUGGUACCGUAUGUUGUAGGUAUACUCCGUAUGUUAGAGCAUACAAAUAAAUUAGUAUCUUAAAGUUUAGGAUUGACACAUCUAGAUUAGAGAUUGUAGUAGUCCAGCGGUUCAGCUUUCGAAUAUUGGUAUUUAUGAGAUAGUUGAAUCUAUACAAUUUGUUCAAAAUACAAAAUACAACUUACUAGUACAAUACAGUAAUUCUAACGUCUUUUGCGAGAACUAUUUUAUAGUAAUCGAAUAUUAUUUCAUUCAUGUAAAUAAUGUAUGAAUGUUAGUAUAUAAAGUAGGACUCGUUGUUGUUCGGAUCUUAGUUUUUAUGUCUUAAUUCGAGGGCAAGACUCGGUGCCUAUGUGUCAAAACUUAUAACCUGUUGUGGAAGACGAUACCUUAUGAGAUGUAGACGAUACUAAAUAUAAUUUUAAUAGAUUAACUAUUACGGGCUUUCGUUGGUUUCAUUUUGUAAUUAGAAUAGGAGUAAAAUAUACAAAAUUUUAACUGUGUAUUCGUAUAAGUCAAUUGGGCUAUGUCGUCUGUCUCGAAUACUAGUGUUUCGAUGAUAACUCAUUUAUAUAUAUUCAGACAGAUAAUGUGGCUUUUCGGAUAGCUUAUACAAGCGGCAAUUGGCUGGUGUUAGAGUACGUAAUCUAGUGUCAGUAUUCACGUUAUUUCACGUUCGAUAUUUCACGAAGUACGCUUAUUUUAACCUGCGUAUAUGAACCUAUAGAGUGCCUCUUGUUCACUUUUAUAUAUAUUGAUAUAACACUUAGGCGGUACUUGUAGACGUUCCUAAAAUAUUUGCACUUUUGAACUUUCUGUUGAAUAAUUUCGGAUGUGAAACUGAGAUGGCCAGAAGGACGUCGAGUGGUGCCAAAUGCAUACAAUUGUUAUGAUAAUAAUUCAAAAUGCAUAAGCUAGUGAUUAGCAAAAUGUAAAAUGAUUAUACAAGAGUAUAUUUUGAAAACCCAUAAACGAAAUACCAUGCAAUAAUUAAGCAUAAACAUGCAUUAAGCUGGAUAGAAGCAGGCGUUACUUUGCGGAAGUUCAUCAUGAAUAUAUAAUAAUUUAUUUAUUUUGCUAUUAUCCGCAAAAAACCGACGAACCCAUGCGACAACGUCACCCAGGUCCGACAAAAUACUCUCUACGUACGUUGUAGAAUUGCACGUUGUAGACUCAACAUCUCCUAAGGAUGCUCCGGUUUAGGAGUGAAACGUACGUAGAGAGUAUUUUGUCGGACCUGGGUGACGUUGUCGCAUGGGUUCGUCGGUUUUUCGCGGAUAAUUGCAAAAUAAAUAAAUUAUUAUAUGCAUUAAGCUUUUAACUACAGACAUAAAUCAUUAUAGAACAAGAGCCUUUUAUCGCCAGACCUUUGACAUUUUAUAAAAGAUCCCAAAAUAGAUACGAUUUAUUUUCUAUUUUUAAUUUCGGAUUAUCAUAGCAGUGGCCCAUUAAUCAGGUGGCUACUUAAUUUUAUCAAAGUAUAAAGAAUUACAGAUAACAAAGUGAUAGUGAUGAUAUCACCAUAUUUUAUAAUUUAUCAAUACCCAAUACGUGGUUCCAAAAACGCGUGGAGCUAGCAAAUUGAAAUUAACACCAAAGCCUCAGGUCCUUAAUUCAUUGCAGCUGUGAAAAUCUGAAUUCUAAAGAUAUAGCUUAAUUAUGAUAUCUUGAGCUAGGAUUAUAUAACUUUGCAUGUCAUAAAGCA